AUGAACUCUGAGGUUACUACGGAGGUUACUUCGGAGGUUACUAGGGAGGUUACUAGCUUACCCAACAACCAGUCACAUAUCGGGGAAAUAGCCAUGAAAGCUCUUAAAGCUACCAUCACUGUUGGUGAAACUAUUGGUGAAAUGCUACCGUUAGCAGCAGUCACUUGUAAACUAGCAAGUGAAAUUAUAAAAAUGGUGGAGUUAGCUCAACGUCAUAAAAAAGUCUGUAAAGACUUAUCGAAUAGAAUUCACAAGGCAACGAUAAAAAUACAGGAAAAUUCACCAACAAAAGAUGCGAGUCGUACGAUCCAAGAGUCAUAUGAAGAAUAUAAAAAGGUUUUAGAAGAAGCUUCCGAUUAUAUUAGAGAUUUAAUUAGGCCAGGGGAGUUUAGUCAGAAAACUUUAGGAAGAAUUAAAUCUUUUUUAGGAUCGAAAGAUAUGGUAGAAUACCAUACUGAUCUGGUUCAACGAUUAGAUGCAGCAAUUCAGGACCUACAGUUGGAUUAUGCUCUUGAUACAAACAAAAAAGUUACCUGCAUGAAGGAUAAAGUGGACGAAAUAGAUUCUAACAUCGAAAAAGUUAUCAGCGUAAAGGAUACAGUAGAAAAAAUAGAUUCUAAUACCAAAAAAGUUCUUGCUCAACUAGCAAUGUUAACAAAAGGCGCUAAAUUCAGAGGAUAUAGGAUAUAUAUUGAUCCGUCAAGAGUUAAAGAUAAUGGUGAUGAUACGGAGAUCAAAGGGGAAACUAAAAUAAUUAAAAAAAUGUUGUACAACUGUGUCGCGGUAGCUGUAUAUAAAGUGCAGACUAAGGAUAAUGCUCAAGCUGAGCGACAAGCAAUGAUUUUAAAAGAACUGAGUGCUUGUGAACAUAUAGAGAACUUUCAAGGUUUGAUGGAAAAAAAUAAAGAAUUAUAUGUGGUGACUAGAUGGGCCGCGAAUUACGAUCUCGAAAAAUAUCUUCGUUCAGACGUAGAGAUUUCAUGGGAACAAAAAUUAAAGUUCGCAAAAGGUGUCGCAGCUGCUCUCACAUUUUGCCAUGAAGCUGAUAUUUUUCAUCAUGAUGUUAAAAGUGCGAAUGUCUUAUUAGAUGAACAUUUAAAUGUGAAACUUAGCAAUUUUGAUAUGGCACGACGCUUUAACGAAGAAACAACAUCAUUAUCAGAUCAAAUAAAGAGUAUUAGAUGGACUGCGCCCGAAAAAUUAAAGAACCCCUGUGUUCCUUAUUCUAAAGAAAUGGAUGUAUAUAGUUUUGCAAUAGUAAUGUGGGAAAUUGCAACAAGAAAAGAGCCAUUUCACCAAAUCGCCGAUGAUAUUAAAGUUUCUGACAAGAUUAAAAAUGGCGAACGUCCAUCACCAAUCCCGAACGAUAUUAUGCCAGAAUACGAAGAUAUAAUGAAGUGUAGUUGGGUUGAAUCUUUCCGUCGUCGUCCCGACAUGUGUGCGAUAUCUGAUGAAUUGCAUGAGCUUUGUACUACGAGUACACUUCCAGAAAGUAAAAAAUUUGAUUUUAAAGCCCAAAUCAAUGAUGAUGAGCCUGUCAAACCACAUACUCGGCCAGAGUGGAAAGAUGUCACUAUAUCCCUUACUAGCAAGAACUACAAAGUGGCAAUAGAAGGAUUAGAACUAUACGCUCAAAGUAACGCUAAAGAGGCAUAUUUAGCUAAAUAUUAUGCUGGCAAACUUCUAUACGAAGGACAUCAUGGUGUGACCAAAGAUGAAUUCAAGGCUUUGAUUUACUUGCGUGAAGCAGCAGACAAUUUAUCAGGUAGCAAAUUUAGUGAAGUUACUCCCAUGGCUCAAUAUUUAUAUGCGGAUUUAUGCCUAAAGGGUGAAGAAAGAUAUGAUCGGGAAAAUGGUCUAAAGUAUUUAGAGAUGGCUGUAAAAGCAUCUGAGAAGAACGCAUUGUUUUUAUAUGGUACUAUUCUGUGGAACGGUGAACAUGGAUUUCAGAUUGAUAGUGUUAAGGCUAGAGAAAUGUUUAAAUUAUCAAAGAGUCGUAAAGCGCGUGAGAUGUUAAAAAUAAUUGAGGCUGAGAAAAAAGUCACUGCAUAA